CUCCUGCCUGAGACUUGAAGAUCAAGCCACUCCUUUUUUUGAGCCUGAGUGUUUCAGCUUUGACUGUAUCAGUGCUUGAACUGAACCAGUUGAAUAUCCUCAAAAGAAGGAAAUGGUGUUCCUGUAAAGUGUAUGUGCAGAAGAGCUUACUCCCAUUGAAAGUUAAUUUGUUACUGUCACUUUGGCAUACAUUCAGAGAGGACAAUGUCCAACGUGCCAGUGGCUGUGGUGACCGGGUCCAACAAAGGGAUUGGAUUCGCAAUUGUGCGGGCUUUAUGCAAGCAGUUCCCGGGGGAUGUUUAUCUGACAGCCCGAGACCCUGGCCGUGGCCGGGAAGCAGUGGCAAAGCUCCAGGAGGAAGGGCUGCAUGCACUUUUCCAUCAGCUGGAUAUUGAUGAUCUGCAGAGCAUCAGAGCUCUCCGUGACUUCCUAAAGGAGAAGUAUGGAGGGCUGAACGUGCUGGUUAACAAUGCAGGGAUCGCUUUCAAAGUUCAUGACACAACUCCAUUUGCGGUCCAAGCAGAGGUUACACUGAAGACAAACUUUUUUGGAACCAGAAAUGUUUGCACAGAAUUGUUGCCUCUUGUGAAGCCUUAUGGUAGAGUGGUGAAUGUCUCUAGUAUGGUAAGUAGCUCAGCUCUGGGAGGCUGCAGCCGGGAACUACAGCAAAAGUUUCGCAGCAAGACGAUCACUGAGGAUGAGUUAGUGGAACUCAUGACCAAAUUUGUGGAAGAUACCAAGAAAAGUGUGCAUGAGAAAGAGGGUUGGCCAAAUACGGCCUAUGGAGUAUCCAAAAUCGGUGUCACAGUCUUGUCCAGGAUUCAAGCCCGGAUGUUAAAUGAGAAAAGAAAAGGUGAUCACAUCCUUCUCAAUGCCUGCUGUCCUGGGUGGGUGAGAACAGACAUGGCAGGUCCUAAAGCCACUAAAUCACCGGAUGAAGGGGCUGAGACCCCAGUUUAUUUGGCUCUUUUGCCUUCUGAUGCUGAUGGUCCUCAUGGCCAGUUUCUUAGUAAUAAAACUGUUCGAACCUGGUGAGCUUAUGUAUGUGGACCCAUGCAAGCGGUAAUAUGACUGUGGAUUAUCCUGUGCCCUGGUACAGCAUUUAGCCAGAGCAGUCUCAUCCUGUCCACAGCAGCAGCAGGGUCCUUUAUCAUUACAAUAAGGGUUACAGUUAUGGUACUCCUGUGGGAUUAAGUCUAUACUAGGGUACACUUCCCAACAAUCUCUAUUAGCCUGCUCACAGCAUUGAUUCUGUAGCCUAAAAUCUGAUUUGUGGGUGUUCCAGCCCAGAUGUUACAGGCUAAUUUGGUGUUGCCCUAAGGCAGAGGUGCCUGACCUUGUUUACCAGAAUUUACUCUUAAUUAAAUCAUUGCUAGCCCUUCUCCCACUCCCCCAUGACAGAUCUCUGACAUGUAAUUGGGAUGAGGGAGCAGAUGCCUUAUGUUUUCUCUGCACAAUAGAUCUUUCUAGGGACCAUAGUUGUUUCUUGAGGUUGUCCAGGGUUUCUUAAAGAGGGAGGGAGGUCUUCUGAGAGCUACAGUCUGACCAGUUAGGAGGGAGGCUAAUAAGACUAGAACAGAAUCACUGCUCUAUAGAGAUUCCUUAUUAUCAGUACAAAAUGGAAUUAGGUGAAAAUAAAAAUAGCAGUGACAUCCCAUUAAUAGUACUUUAAUCAGUUGGCUUUAUUAAUAUGUAUGUCAAUAAAUGAUUACUUACUGAUUUGUAUUCAUCCAACUGGCUUAUUCUGAUACUAAAAAUUUAUAAUGUUUGGAAAUACACUUUCAUUUUCUGCAGCUAAGUUGGUCGCUGGAAUGUGUGACAUUUGGACUAUAUAAAGAGAAAAUAAACUACAGAACUGAUAUAGCAAACUAUUCCUUGGGACUUCCAGUUCAUUUAUUGCACAGCCAGAAGUUUCCUUACUAAGAACCUGGAUUAAGUGCUCUCUGUGUAGUAGAGAAUAUGAACUGUAAAUGCUACUGUACUAUUACAGGAUAGGACUGAAAUACAUAAUUAUCAUGGUAACCAAAACAAGUCAUCUAAGCAAAAUCACAAGUAGAGGAAGCAGUAACAUGGAAAGCACCAAACUGGUUUGCUCAUUUUAAAUGUUGGUUAUUGCAUUUCAAAUGCUUCAUCUUGAAAGGUUGCCAUGGCACUUCAAGCUGUAAAGGUGGAGCAGGGUGGCAGCAGAGGCAAGCUGGGGGUAGGGCAGGGCACCUGGGACAGCCCCAGGCUGCAAGGAGCUGGAGUGAGGUGGGGUUUGGUCACCCCCAGGCUAGCACCGUGCAGCUCUUUCUCUACCAUGUCCUGCCAGCCAGCAGAAAAGCCAUGGCAGGGGUGCCGGGGCCCUG